UUUGGUUCUGCCAGCCCCUCCGGGGGCGGGGCGGGGCGGGGGAGCCCGGCCCCUCUCGGCGCAGCCCGGCCCCGCGCCCAGUGCCACGCUGCCACCGCAUGGAGCCGCACGGGUCCGGCUGCCCCGGCAGCGUCCUCUUCGGCUGCGAGCUGACUGCCAGUACCAAAUCCUACACAUUUCAGGUGGAUGAGGAAGAUGAUUCUGACCACAUUUUGGCCCUGUCUGUGGUCUGCCUCACGGAUGGUGCCAAGGACGAGUGCAAUGUGGUGGAGGUUGUUGGACGAAACCAUGAGAACCAGGAGAUCUCUGUGCCAGUGGCGAAUCUGAAGUUGUCGUGCCAGCCCUUGCUGAGUCUAGACAACUUCAAACUGCAGCCUCCGGUGACCUUCCGUCUGGCGGCGGGGUCUGGCCCAGUGCACCUUGCUGGCUGGCACCAGAUCGUGCACAGGGAAGACGUUUCCUUUGAGGAGGACGAUGACUUGUCUGAAGAGGACGAGCUUCCUCCUAUCAUGCCAGCCAAGAAGUAGAGGAGGAAGCAGCAACUUAUCUCCAGGCAAGGUACUCCAUGGGACUUCUCUCCCCGGACUGCUUUUACCUCGGACACCUCUUGCCAGGACUUCAACGUUUGCUGCUUUGUUUUUAUUUUGUCUGUUGUAAUUUUUUUGGAAGCAGGUGCUGCUCCCAGCACUGGGGUGUCUCCUUUCCCACAGCCCUGGGAGGUUGAUCCUAAACUUGGAUGGAUGCUGCUGGUAUAUCCCCUCUCCACCAUUCUCAUGCUGAGAGUUGGGAGUGGAGAAGGUGACCCUUACUGUGUGCCUUUUUGCUGUCCCGGACCACUGCUUUGUGCACCCCUUCUCCCUAGCUCUGAAAUACCCAGCCCUGGUCCCUUCCCCAGCAGAUGGAUGUAAAGCCAGUGGUGGGCCAAGUAGUUUCACUGAUUCUAGUGUGUUUGCUUCUCUUUACUCACAAUUGAAUUAUUUUUAUACACUUGGAAGUGUGAAACUGGGAUCCAAGCUGAUCCAAGAUGGAUUUACUGCAAUUAUGGUGAGAUGGGAGAUCACAGCUUAUCUGUGUUUUAGGGGGGGUUCUGGGUCAAUCUGCUUUGUAAAGAACUCUUUUUACACUCUGAAUAAAGAUCACUCAGGUGUCAGAUCUG